GCUGCGGGCUGCGGGCUGCGGGCUGCGGGCCGGGUCGGGCCGGGUCGGGCCGGGCCGGGCUGGGCCCAGCCAACCGACAUGCUGACCUUCUUCCUCGUGUCGGGGGGCUCCCUCUGGCUGUUUGCGGAGUUUGUCCUCUCACUUCUGGAGAAGAUGCAGACCCAGGAGAUUCUGAAGUUACUGCGGCUCCCUGAGAUGGGUGACUUGAGCCAGUUUCUCCGCAGUCUGUCAGCCACCACCCUUGUGAGUAUGGGUGCAUUGGCUGCCAUCCUCGCCUACUGGUUCACUCACCGGCCGAAGGCCUUGACCCCACCGUGCAAUCUGCUGUUGCAGUCAGAAGAAGUGGAGGACAGUGGUGGGGCCCGACGAUCUGUGAUUGGUGGCGGCCUUCAGUUGCUUACCCACUUCUACGAUGACGCCCGGACCAUGUACCAGGUGUUCCGCCGUGGCCUUACCAUCUCAGGGAAUGGGCCCUGUCUUGGUUUCAGGAAGCCCAAGCAGCCUUACCAGUGGCUCUCCUACCAGGAGGUGGCAGACAGGGCUGAAUUUCUGGGAUCUGGGCUUCUCCAGCACAGCUGUAAAGCAAGUACAGAUCAGUUUAUUGGUGUCUUUGCACAAAACCGACCAGAGUGGAUCAUUGCAGAGCUGGCCUGCUACACAUAUUCCAUGGUGGUGGUCCCGCUUUAUGACACCCUGGGCCCUGGAGCUAUCCGCUACAUCAUCAAUACAGCGGACAUUAGCACUGUGAUUGUGGAUAAGCCUCAGAAGGCUAUGCUGCUGCUAGAGCAUGUGGAGAGGAGGGAGACUCCAGGGCUCAAGCUGGUCAUCCUCAUGGAGCCGUUUGAGGAAGCUCUGAAAGAGAGAGGGCGGAAGUGUGGCGUGGUCAUGAAGUCCAUGCAGGAUGUAGAGGACUGUGGCCAAGAGAAUCACCAUGCUCCUGUGCCCCCACAGCCUGAUGACCUCUCCAUUGUGUGUUUCACGAGUGGCACAACAGGGAACCCCAAAGGUGCGAUGCUCACCCAUGGGAACGUGGUGGCUGAUUUCUCAGGCUUUCUGAAAGUGACAGAGGACCAUUUUCUCUUUGUUGUUUUAAGACUCUCUUGUUGUCUUCCUGUCAGUGUUUCUUCCCUUUCUGUCUCCCAUGCCCGUCACCUGCAGAAAGUGAUCUUUCCGAGACAGGACGAUGUGCUCAUCUCCUUCCUGCCUCUGGCUCACAUGUUUGAGAGAGUGAUCCAGUCUGUCGUCUACUGCCACGGAGGGCGAGUUGGCUUCUUCCAAGGAGACAUCCGCCUCCUCUCAGAUGACAUGAAGGCUCUGCGCCCUACCAUCUUCCCUGUGGUCCCACGACUGCUGAACCGGAUGUAUGACAAGAUCUUCAGCCAAGCAGACACUCCACUAAAGCGUUGGCUCCUGGAGUUUGCGGCAAAGCGCAAGCAGGCCGAGGUCCACAGUGGAAUCAUCAGGAAUAAUAGUAUCUGGGAUGAACUCUUCUUUAAUAAGAUCCAGGCCAGUCUCGGUGGGCAUGUGCGAAUGAUUGUUACUGGAGCAGCCCCUGCAUCACCAACAGUCCUCGGAUUCCUCCGGGCAGCUCUGGGGUGCCAGGUUUAUGAAGGUUACGGCCAAACUGAGUGUACAGCCGGAUGCACCUUCACUACCCCUGGAGACUGGACAUCAGGUCACGUAGGAGCGCCUCUGCCCUGCAACCAUAUCAAGCUGGUCGAUGUGGAAGAACUAAACUAUUGGACCCGCAAGGGAGAGGGAGAGAUUUGUGUGAGGGGGCCAAAUGUGUUCAAAGGCUACUUAAACGACCAGGAGAGGACAAAAGAAGCCCUGGACAGUGAUGGCUGGCUUCAUACUGGAGACAUCGGGAAGUGGCUGCCGGGCACAGUGAGGACUGAAGCAGCGAGCACAGGGCAAGUGCCUGAUGCCGGCCCCGGGUUUGGAGCAGAACAAGGCCUGCUUAUUUUUCCCUGCUGGAGAGAUCGAUGUGGCUUGGGGGAGCACAGGUGGAACGCGACAGAGUGCAUGCAGAAGCCUGGUCAGGAUGUGGUCUGGAUGGGAGAAGGUGGACAAGGGAGGGGCUGAGUGAGAACGGGUGAGCCUGACUGCUGGAGCUCCGGGGAGGCAGGCAGCGAGGGGCACCCGGGUCUGCGUGAUGGCAGGCAUUGUGGGCCUGAGGGUGGUGGUGAGCAUUGCGUAGGGCCUGCUGCAGCCUGGUUGUGGAGUCAUCCUGAGAGAGGGUAGUGAGGGCCUGGGAGACAGAGCACUUAGACCCACGUGGGAGUAGACGACGAGGAGGUGACUGCUGAUUCCCAAAUGGUGCCUGGCCAGAGGGGAGAAAAGGCCACACUCGAGGAUCGAGCCCAAGGCCCGGGCCCUCCUGUUGGCCUCAGAAGCUCGAAAGGUUAAGGGGGUCACGGAGGUGAGCAGGAGUCCUGGAGGCCCAUGGCCCACUGCCUCACCGCCUGAGGGGGAGACCUGCCUACUGCAGAGAUCCUGGGAGGGCCAGGGCUCCUGGUGCCCUGUGGUUGUCUCGUGUAUGUCUGGGCCCCUCCGGAUCUGUGCUGUGUGCCAGAGCCCCGGGGGGCUGCUCUUAGGGGUUGGGCCAUAGCAGGGGCAGGAGACACAAAUGAGGCUAUGAACGAACCUGGAACCUGCAGAGGCCGGAGAGCUGGAGUGAGGGUCUGGGGAAGGGGAGCCCUGACCCUGCUGUGGGGGUGAGGGCCAGGGCGGCGGGAAGGUGCAGGGAAUGCCAACCUCUUAGAGGAGGGGUCAGGGCCCAGCAGAGCUUGGAUGUCGUCAACCUGCAGUGCAUGGUGGCUUCCUCCAGUUCGAGGCAGCUCUGUCAGCACAGACGGCGGUCGUUCGGAGGGGCAGCGUGGGACAGCGGUGUUGGGGUGGGAAGGACGGGGGC